CAUGGCGGCUGUAAAAACAGUUUUUAAUCUGCGUCACUUUGUUUGGAGAGAUAAGCGGUUCUAAUCUCCCAAAAGCUCAUUCUGUCAACUGAAUGGACUUUAAGCUUUAAAUGUUUUUCUCAGUUUUCUCUCCCUCAGUCAUCUACCCGGAAACUACAAAGCUAGCUUAGCUUAGCAUUCAAACUGGAGAUAUGAGUGGUGAAACAGUCAAAGUUGCUGUUUGAUGGAGUGGUUGUAGUGUUUUCCAGAAUAAAUCAGCCAGUAUAACUGUGUGAAAAUGCCAGGAGUCGAGACACUGAGAGAUUUUGUCAAGCAGAGACUGACUGCUGCUGCUGGAGAGAUUUUUGGAGUCUUUGAAAGAACGAUAGCAGAAUACGAGGAACAACUUUGUCGAUGUAAAGAGGAAAACAAGCGACAACAGAAACUUCUGGACGAUGUUCAGCUUCGCUUUCACAGAGCAGACAACCAGGAGCUGUCAGUGACUCCAAAAGAGGUUCCCUCUGAGCAGCAGGAGUGGAGUGCCAGUCUGGAGCAGGAGGGCACUGAGCCUCCACACCUUAAAGAGGAAGAGGAGGAACUGUGGAGCAGUCAGGAGGGACUGGAUGAGGUUUAUACCAUCAAGUUCCCCUUUGCUCCUGCCCCUGUGAAGACUGAAGAUGAUGAAGAGAAACCUCAGUCCUCACAGAUUCAUGAAAUACAAAGUGAAGGGAUGAAAACAGGAGCUGAUGGAGAGGACUGUGGAGGACCAGAGCAGGGCAGGAACUCAGAACCAGAGAGUCAUUUACAUUCAGAGACUCAGGACAAGACCGAAGACUUCUGUGAAACUGAAACUGAUGACAGUGAUAAUUGGAGGGUCACAAUGGAACAUGAUUACGGAUUAAAAUAUGUGGAAAAUUUUGAUGAUGAUAGAUCAGACAAUGACAAGAAAUCACACAGCUGCUCUCAAUGCAGUAAAACAUUCAGGAGGAAUUGUCAUCUUGUUACACAUAUGAGAACACACCAAAAACAGAAACCCCCGAGCUGCUCUGUCUGUGGUAAAAGAUUUAAGUUUAAGUCAAGGCUAACUAAACACAUGAUUAGCCACACAGGAAAGAAACCCUUUAAGUGCUCUAAGUGUGAUAAGAAGUUUAACCAAAAGUCUCAGCUGACUGAACACAUGGCUAGCCACAUAGGAGAGAAUCGAUUUAGCUGCUCUCAAUGUGAUAAAAGAUUUUAUCACAAGUCUAAGCUGAACACACACAUGUUGGUGCACACAGGAGAGAAACCCUUCAGCUGCCCUCAGUGUGAUGAAAACUUUAAUCGCAAGUUUCUUCUGGUUACACACAUGUUGAUGCACACAGGAGAGAAACCCUUCAGUUGCUCUCAGUGUGGAAAGGGAUUUCAUUACAAAUCACAGCUGAAAAGACACAUGUUGGUGCAUACAGGAGAGAAGCCAUUUUGCUGCCCUCAGUGUGAUAAAAGAUUUUAUCACAAGGGCAGUCUGGUUAAACACAAUGUGAUCCACACAGGAGAGAAACCCUUUAGCUGCACUGAGUGUGAUAAAAAGUUUAAUCAAAAGAGUCAUCUGAACUCCCACAUGUUGGUGCACACAAGAGAGAAACCCUUCAGCUGCUCUGAGUGUGAUAAAAAGUUUAGUGAAGGGUCUCAGCUGAACUCCCACAUGUUUGUUCACACAGGAGAGAAGCCCCUCAGCUGCCCUCAUUGUGAAAAGGGAUUUCAUUACAAAUCACAGCUGAACUCUCACAUGUUGGUGCACACAGGAGAGAAGUCCCUCAGCUGCCCUCAGUGUGAUAAAAAAUUUAAUCGCAAGUCUAAUCUGGUUGCACACAUGGUCAGUCACAAAGGAAAGAAGCCCUUCAGCUGCUCUCAAUGUGAAAAGGGAUUUCAUUACAAGUCUCAGCUGAACUCCCACAUGUUUGUUCACACAGGAGAGAGGCCAUUUAGCUGCCCUCGGUGUGAUAAAAGAUUUUAUCACAAGUCUAGUCUGGUUACACACAUGGUAAGCCACACAGGAGAGAAAACCUUUAGCUGUAAUGAGUGUGAUAAAAAGUUUCAGGACAACUCUCAUCUGAACUGCCACAUGGUUAUCCACACAGGGGAGAAACCCUUUAGCUGCUCUGAGUGUGAUAAAAAGUUUUAUCGAAAGAGCCAGCUGAACUUUCACAUGUUUCUUCACACAGGAGAGAGGCCAUUUAGGUGCUCUAAGUGUGAUAAAACAUUUCAGAGAAAGUCUAUUCUAAAAAAUCACAUGCAAAUUCACAGAAAAGAGAAACACUUCAGCUGCCGUAAGUGUGAUGAAAAGUUUAUCGAAAAGUCUCAGCUGAACUCCCACAUGUUUGUUCACACAGGAGAGAAACCCUUCAGCUGCUCUCAAUGUAAAAAGGGAUUUAAUUUCAAGUCUCAGCUGAACUCUCACAUGUUGGUGCACACAGGAGAGAAGCCCUUUAGCUGCCCUCAAUGUAAUAAAAAAUUUAAUCACAGGUCUAAUUUAGUUAAACACAUGGUGAUUCACACAGGAGAGAAACCCUCCAGCUGCCCUGAGUUAGCUAAAAAGUUUAGCCACAACUCUAAUCUGACUUCCCACACAGUGAUCCACACAGGAGAGAAACCUGUCAGCUGUUAGCUCUGUGAUCAGAAAUGUUCAUGGGAUACUCAGGUAAAAAGACACAAGUGUACCGGUGGCCAGACUUGAUAAAAUAAGAGAAAGAAGAGCUAAUGAGGAGGAUUAUGUAAGAUGAGAACCAGGCAGUAUCUCAGUUAUAUAAAAAGAUGUACAAGAGACUGAAGAUGAAUAAGGUGAUUAGAGGAACAUCAGAGAACACCAGUCAGGUUUCAACUCUAAGCCUGCUAUACUCAAUCCUGCAGCUACUCAGCUGCACUUAGCUCUUAUUGGGAUGCACAGAUGCAUCAGCUUAACAUCAGUGUUGGCUGAUAUUAACCAUGUGUGCCUAUAUAUGCAAAUAUUAUAGCAGGAACGUUUAUCAUUCUGGGUUUUUCUGUUGUGCCUGAUGAAUUGUAUGCUUGCCUCUGACAUAUCUAGCUGAUGAAUAAAAUAAACCAGUGCAGAAGACGGAACUUUCUAGGCAAUCUCUGAUCUGAUUUCAUGGUCAAACAUGAGAGAAAAUGUUGGCGUUCUAUAGGAAAGAAGAGAACAUAAAAAUCGGCUAGAUUGUUGUGUUGAACAUAAGUAUCAGCCCAAACUUUCACAAUCAAUGUAUGUAGCUACCUCCUUGGUACCAAUAAGCCACGUUGAUUCAAGAGAACGCAAAGCCAAUGCCGCCUUACUUAGUUUGUGAACACAUGGUGUUGCAAAAUAUCCAACCUUUGAAAUGAAGACUAUGAAUGAGAAAAAAGCCUUUUUUCAUGAAAAUAGUCUGUGCUUCAGCUGCCUUAGAAAGGGACACAUAACCAAAAACUGUAAACGGUGACACACCUGCAGCACAUGCAGUCGGCGACAUCCAACUUGCCUACACAUUGAGAGAAAUGAAGGACCUACAGAAACAGCAAGUAAAGACUUUGCAGCUGAUGAAGAACAUCCAAGUACUGGAAUCCACAAGGUCAUGGCCCAUGCACUGACUCAAAAUGUCUCUGCCACAUCCAGUAUUGUUCCUUGUGUCUUCAGCAGCAGAGCCCCAGAAAGAAUUUCUGACUUAUGCCCUUGUAGACACAGAGUGAUUCCACUUUUAUUUUGGAAAAUUUAAUUUCAGAAUUGAAUGUCAGCACACAGGCAGUACAGGUUAAACUAAGUACAAUGACAGCUGUUAAUGCAGUUAUAGCAAGUAAAACUGUCAGUGGCCUUUAAGUGUGAGUUUUGAAGUUUGAAGCUCAAGUCCAACUAAAGCAAGCAUACACUCGUUACUUCAUCCCUGUUGACAAGUCUCACGUCCCAACCAAAAACACAGCACUUCCGACGCCAUAUGAAGUCAUUUGUGCUGAGUGAAGUGAUUCUAGGUCUGAAUGUGUGUAUAUCUGAGCAAAUAUACAUGAUCUUUUUUCCUUUUUUUUUUCAACAAAAGACAACAUGUUGAACGUGUAUUUUAUUAUCAUUCUUGUGCAUGUCAGGAUGACUUGGAGAAAGGUGCUUUUUUGAGCUGCAAUAUUUUUAAUGUCUCUACAAUUAACGACACUGUAGUAGCAUGGACAACCAACGUUUUUAUGUGUGUU